AGAAAUACAAGUUUAAAUGCUGAAGAAGAAAAAGUAGAAAUAGAAUUUUAAAGACUAAUGAAGAAAAAGCAGAAAUACAAGUUUAAAUGCUGAAGAAGAAAAAGUAGAAAUAUAAUUUUAAAGACUGAAAGUAGACAUGUAAAGUCUAAAGAAGAAAAAGUAGAAAUUGAAUUUUAAAGACAAAAGAAGAAAAAGUAGAAGUACAAGUUUAAAGGCCAAAGAAGAAAAAGUAGAACUAGAAGUUAAAAGGCUGAUGACAGCCAAAGAGAGAAGACGUCAAGCUGACAUCUUAAAUCAACACAAUGACUUCCUCCUCUUUCUUCUUCAGGCUUCACCGUGAGCGCGGGUCAAAGGUCAUUCCGCCACCUCGCCCGUGUCCCAUUUAGUUUUAGGCUCCUGCCACCACUCGGACAGGAUGGACUCCUCGUAGUCGCCCACACCCUCAAACUCCACGUCGGGAUGCUGCGCUCGGGAGGCGUCGGCCUGCUCGUCACUCACCUCGCCCUGCGGGACACCAACAACCACGUCAUGACCGAGGAAAAGCCUUCAUCAGUCAGGUGGGUAUGGGUCGCCUCAUCACAGGCGUCGACCGCGGCCUGCUGGGCAUGUGCGUGAACGAGCGCCGCAAAAUCACCGUCCCGCCACACUUGGCCUUCGGAAGCGUAGGAACAGGGGAAAUCAUCCCACCGGACGCCGUCUUGGUGUACGACGUGCUCCUGCUGGACAUAUGGAACAAGGCGGACAAGGUUGAGAUCCGCACGCUCAGCAAACCUAAAAAAUGCUCUCGUGCCGCCAUGGCGUCCGACUUUGUACGCUAUCAAUACAACGGCACCCUGCUCUCCGGACAAGCCUUUGACUCCAGCCAUGGGAAUACCACCUAUGACACCUAUUUGGGCCAAGGCGAUCUAAUUGAGGGCAUGGAGCAGGGCCUGCUGGGAAUGUGUGUCACAGAGAGAAGGGUCAUCAUUGUCCCGCCAUUCCUGGCUUACGGAGAGAAUGGGCACGGACGUCGAGUGCCCCCGCAGGCCACGCUGAUGUUUGAUGUGCUGAUGGUGGAUGUGUUCAACCCCAAAGACGAGCUCGUGGUCGAGGUCAAGGAGGUCCCCGAAGGAUGCGCCCGCCGCACCGCUGUGGGCGAUUACAUCCGCUACCACUACAACGGAACCUUCCACGACGGCACCGCCUUCGACUCCAGCUACCAGAGGAACAGCACGUACAACACGUAUGUGGGUAUGGGCUACAUCAUCAAAGGCAUGGACGAAGCCCUGCAGGGUCUGUGCAUGGGAGAGAAGAGGAGGGUGGUGGUGCCGCCUCACCUGGCAUACGGAGGAGACGGUGUGGGUGAGCUGAUCCCCGGCUCAGCUGUGCUGGUCUUCGACAUCCACGUCAUCGACUUCCACAACCCCGACGACCCCGUGGACGUCAAAGUGACCCACAAGCCUCAGGAAUGCGACAGCCUGAGCGAGGCGGACGACUGGCUGCAGUAUCGCUACAACUGCUCCUUGAUGGACGGCACCUUGCUGUACUCCUCGGACCAUUUUGAAUCGCCCUCUGUCACCACGCUGGGGGCCGAGCAGGUCAUUCCGGGUCUGGAGCAAGGAUUGAUUGGCAUGUGUGUGGGAGAGACCAGAGAAGUAGUCGUACCCCCCCACUGGGGACAUGGCGAAAAUGGAGCCGGUGGUGUUCCCGGGAGCGCAGUGCUUUUCUUCCAGCUGGAGUUGGUAGAGCUACAGAAAGGCGUUCCAAAAGGCUUCAUGUUCGUGUGGUUAGGAGAUGGCCCAGACCCGCUCUUCCCCGCCAUGGACCUCAACGGUGACAGAGAGGUCCCUUUGCAGGAGUUUUCAGCCUUCAUCAAGCUCCAAGUCCAGCAGGGCAACGGUCGCCUUCGACCGGGAGUCCAAGCAGACGACAUCAUUCAGGACAUGUUCAACAGUCAGGACCUUAACAAAGACGGCAAGAUCAUCGCAUACGAAGUCAGGCUUCAUUCGGAGGAGCAGCCCAAACGGGACGAGUUGUAAAAAAAGACUUGAUUUUACGUGUUGUGCGUUUUAAUGUCAGCAAGCUGUGAUGAUGUUAAGUCAGAUGAGAAUCGCUAAAAGCCACUAACUGAAUGCAAUAUCUGUACGAUAGCAGAAAGUAAUAAGUACAAGAGUUGUAUCAAAAUGUUUUACUGAAUGCUAAUUUGUGAGAACUGUCCCCGAUAUUUUGGCAGCUCAUGACGCUAAAUAGCUCUCACAAUAAACAUUAAAUGAUUACCUCUCGAUGCAACUCUUGUAUUAAAUGGUGCAGGUGUGUGUACCUAAUUAAGUGUCCGGAGAAUAUGUAUUUUGUGAGCCAAAUAAAGUUUUGUAGUUUAAAAAAGAA